CUUUUACCACGCAUGAACGGAACCAUCUUCCUCAGACAGCCAUGCAGAAUAGUGGCUUCUUGAUCGUGGCUGUGAUCGCAGCCGUGGUCGUUCUAACCUCGUCGACCCCUUUGAAGUUCGACGAGAACUUUCCGGUAGACACCUCGAUCUUAAUCUACCAACUGCCGUCCACGGUUAUCCCAAACAACUAUGACCUUGAAUUAGUACCGUUGUUCCAACGUGACGACGAGUCCAGUUUCAGUGGACAAGUCAACAUCAGCAUCUCAGUGGUUGAUUUAACAAAUGUGAUCAUUGUACACAACGAAAAUCUGAACAUCAACCAGUCAGCGACUUCGUUGUACAACGUCGAUAACCAGAGUUUUGUUGCUAUCGCUACUCAGACCUAUGACGAGGCCAGACAUUUUUGGAUUCUCAGUUUUACUGAAAAUCUUCCACUUGGAAAUUAUUAUCUUUACUUCAGCUUCGGCGGGGAAUUGUUAACAGAUAUGCGUGGACUCUACCGUAGUUCCUACCAAAUCGGAAAUGAAACCAGGUGGCUUGUGGCUACGCAAUUUCAGGCUACAUCGGCUCGUCGUGCCUUUCCCUGUUUCGACGAGCCUGGUUUGAAGGCAACCUUCAGUGUUCGCAUCGCACAUUUCAUAAAUCAAACUGCACUUUCGAACAUGCCCAACAUAUCUACUAGCGCUGCCGACGAAACAAUUGGAGGUCGUGUUUGGACACAGUUUGAGACAACGCCAGUGAUGUCGACCUAUCUCUUAGCCUUUGUCGUUUCGGAUUUCGAGAAGCUGAGUAGCGAUGACGGAUUCUUCGCCAUAUGGUCACGGUCCGAGGCACUUGAUACCGCCUCUUGGGCCCUUGAAACUUCGCAAGCAUGUUACCAGGUGUGUUUGAAUAUAUUGGGUGAAGAUCCCUGGCCUAAAAUCGACCAAGUAGCCGUUCCAGACUUCUCUGCGGGUGCAAUGGAGAACUGGGGAUUGAUCACCUACAGAGAGAGGUUGCUUCUUUGGCAAGAUGGCGAAUCUAGCACAACGGCUCGCGAGACCAUCAGUUCCAUCAUCAGUCACGAAUUUGCUCACAUCUGGUUUGGAAAUCUGGUAUCUCCAAAAUGGUGGGAUCAUCUCUGGUUCAACGAAGGCUUUGCUAGUUUCUUGGAAUACCGAGUACCGUCACUAACUACGUGGAUAUGGCGUUAUGCUGAAAGGGCAAUCACUGAUCAGCAGCUACCAGCCUUGAUUACUGAUUCUUUGGAAUCGACACGUCCGAUGACCAACCCCGUAGGUAGUCCCGAUGCGAUCUGGGGCAGCUUCGACACUAUCGCUUACUCAAAAAGUGGUUCCGUGCUACGCAUGCUCAACCGCGUGAUGAGAGAGGACCUCUUUGAACUUGCGCUGCGAAAUUACCUCAACCAAACAGCUUUUGGAACUUUUGAACCGAGUGAACUCUGGGAACAAAUGCAAAUCGUGGCAGACAGUUAUAGUGCGAUGCAGAACCAUAUGCCGAUCGCAACAAUCAUGGAGUCAUGGACAGAACAAGCCGGUUUCCCCCUGGUCACUGUUUUGAGAAACUAUUCAACUACCGUAGUGGCAUUCAGCCAGGAACGAUUCUUCAUGAAUCGCAACUCACCGACGGCUGACCCAGAAGCUCAAAGAUGGUGGAUCCCCAUCACGGUUGCUCUGGGAACUAACCCUACACGAUGUAACAGUGCCUUUAUACAACCCGACUGGCUUCGCGCUCAAGAUAAAGCUAUUAUGAUGAACGGAAUCGCGAACAAUACCUGGAUAAUAGCAAAUUGCCAAGGGAUAGGAUUUUACAGGACCAACUACGAUACUCAGAACUGGCGGAUGGUCAUCGACUACCUGAAGAGCUCGGACUACGACCAAAUCAAUGCCGUAAAUAGAGCCAUAUUGGUCGAUGAUUCACUUAACUUGGCACGUGCUGGGUACAUCGACUACUCAAUCGCUUUAGAUCUGCUAACUUACAUCGUAAACGACCUUGACUUCAUUGUGUGGCGCGCUGCCAUCGCUGAUAUUAGAUACCUCAAUACAAUCCUCGUGAGCAGUGAAAACUACGUUUCCUGGCAGGCAUUUUUGCAUGGCUUGAUUUCAAACGUCACAGAAACAUUAGGCUGGGUUCCUAAUACCGCAGACGACCAUCCUACCAGGAUCCAUCGUGAACAAAUUCUUAAUUUGGCUUGCCAGACUGAUUACCCGGGCGCUCGCUCCACGGCUGAAUCUCUUUUCGACUUGUGGAUCACCAACCCGCAGUUGAAUUCGGUCGACCCAGACUUGAGAUCAGUUGUGUAUUGUUGGGGUGUCAAAAGGGUCCCUGAAACAACCUGGGAUAUAAUGUGGAAUCGGUUCCUAAACGCUAGCCUGGCCACCGAAGAGACCUUGCUCCUGCGAGGAUUGGCAUGCAGUGAAAACCCGGAAAUACUUGAGAAAUACUUACGGAUAUCCAUUACACCGAAUUCAGGUAUCCGAUCACAAGACGUAUACACAGUGUUCUCAUCUAUUUUGACCAGUGGGCAAGAUAACGUUGACAUACUUUUGAACUUCAUCGGAAACUACUCAACAGACAUUGCUGAAUUCUACGGAGGAAUGGGUGACGUCACUAACAUGCUUGUUAGUAUUGCGGGUCGUGUCACCAACCAGCAACAGCUUGAAAAGUUACAAGCCCUCGUCAGCUCCGAAGAAUUAGGUGUGAGCUCUGCAGUCGUCCAGCGUACGCUUCAGACUGCCAAUGUAAAUCUGGAAUGGAUCUCGAACUAUGAGCCACUCAUCGCGGAAUGGUUAUCAGAAGAGGGCUUCAGUCCUGAUAGCACUGCUUCCCCUGUGGUCACAACGUUGCCUCCAGACGUAGAAACCACAACCCUUGAAAGCGGUGCCCCAGUUUUUACGUCCAGUUUAUUCCUUAUCUCAAGUUUUGUCGCUGUGGCGAUGAGUAACUACUUGAUUACGUAAAAUACUAAUCCGACUCGAUCACUCAUUCAAUAUACUGAACUAAAUCCAUCCUAGUCAAUCAUGUUACGAGAUACACAUAAAUACGCAUAUCCUUCGGAUGUGUAAAUACGUGUUUGCAAACUUUUAUUAUCUGCACAGUAUGCCGCAGAGUACAGACUCGGCUUCCUAUGUUCUUCCAUGACCACAAGCAGGCGCAAAGUGGAUAUUUACAAUUAGUAUACCACAUUGAAUGCUGUUGGAGGUGCAAUAAAUGCAAUCUUAUAUGUU